AUGACGACAACUCAACUUCAAUCUGUAGUAGACCAAUUAAAUCGUUAUAUGACAAUGGUUUUAUUAAUGGUUAUGAUGAUAUUUACAAGAAAAUCGUUACGUACAAAUCCAACUUCAACCUAUCUUCUUGCGUCAACAUUCCCUAAUUGUAUUGCACUAUUAGCUGUUAGUCCACGUAUAGUUGAUAGCUAUGCCAUUUAUCCAACACAACUAGGCUUGUAUUGCAAACUUCGAAUAUUUUUUAGUUUUUCAUCAUUGACACUCACAUCAUGGUUUAUUGUUUUGGCUUGUGUGGAUCGAUACGUAGCAAGUUCAAAAGACGUUCAAAUUCGAUCAUUUAGCUCUGUUAAAAUAGCUAAACGUGCAAUUAUUUUAAUGACUAUUCUUAUAUGUUCAUUAUUUUCACCGAUGUUUUAUUGUAUUGAAGGCUCUUUGGUACUGGGAAUAUUCAAUUGUAUAGGAACAACGCCAACAUGUCAGAGAUUUAAUACUUUCACUACAUUAAUCAGUUUAGCGCUUCUACCGCCAUUGCUUAUGUUAAUUUUUGGUCUAUUAACAGUUCGUAAUGUGAGAUUAGUGGGUAGACAAACGGUUCCAUUGCCAACAACAACAGUAGCGGUUUCUUCUCGUACGAAGAAUAGAGAUCGUCAAUUAAUGAUUAUGCUAUUAGCACAGGUGGCAUCUGCAACAAUGUUUAUAUUACCAUUUUCAAUACAGAGAUUCUAUACAGUAUUAACAGCAUCAGUGGUCAAAAGUGACGAACGAAAAGAUCUUGAAAAUUUUCUUUAUAAUUUCUCAAAUCUAUUGCAGUUCGUCAAUAAUACAACAAGUUUUUAUCUCUUUACAUUAACCGGAACCAUAUUCAGACAAGAAUUAAAACGUUUAGUAUUCUAUUAUUUACCACGGAUGUCCGUCACCAAUGAAACAUCAGCAGCAGCAACAGGAAGAAAAACCCAACUAGAACUACUAACAAUUAAACAUUAA